AUGGCUCAAUGUCCAGAUGGAGAUAAACACAAAUCCCCUUCGGAUAUAAUACGAAGUUUUCAGAAGAAAAGUCAGUUCAGGACCAUUGCUCCAAAAAUGGUACCAAAAAUUUUAACAUCUGGAGUGGUUUCUUGUCUUCAGUCAUCUUUGCCUGAGCAAAAGACACUGAUUUCAGCUGCAGGGUCUAAACCACUGGUGGUACCAGCUCAAAACUACGCUGUCAUGCAGGUGGCUGGUCACGAGGGGACUUUUUCUCUAUUGGCCUUGCCUUAUCUUGCCCCUGCCCUAACGCAGCAAGUUCAGCAGCCAAAUGCGUCCCCUUCUGAAAACCUAAAGCUGCCUAUCCCUCGGUACCAGUCUGUAAGAAAGAAAUUGCUGAGUGACAAAAAACCGGCACAAAUCUCUGGUUUGGGUGCACAUAACAAGAGUCCUACCAAAGCAUUGAUCUCAUCACAGACUUCCCCCGUAGCUACUUUAACUGGAGACUGUCCUGAAACUCAUUCUAGUUCAGAUUCAGUUGAGCAAGUGAUGGUAACAGACCGUGACUCAGCUGAAAUUACAGUUGCCACGUUGGUAAAUAAAAGCAGUUGUGUGGAAUCUGGAUCUCCUUUAGUCAACAAACCAGAAAUUGCUAACCGUAAUGUUUCUGGACCAUCUGUAGUUAAAGAUUCUUUAUCCAAGCCAGUAAGUACAAUUAAUCCCGUGAAACUAAGUCUACGCUCUGUGAAGACAGCAUCUGAAACCACAAGAGGAUCAUUCAUAACGUCUGAGAGACUAAAGGAAAAACCCACAAAUUCUGCAAAUUCUGUUGCUGUCCUGUCACCAGCAGCUUUUGGCAGUACAAUACAGAUGACUCCAUCAGCACCAAAAGGAAAACUUCCUAUUUUGCCUUACUCAAGGACGAAGAAUUCAGUGUUGUGUAAAUCUAAGCAGAAUACUAAUAUUACAGAAAUAUCUAGUCCUUCACUAAGGUCUGAGUGUGAGAAGAUACCAGCUUUGGCAAAAACCUUUCGUGUUCCUACUAAAGCAUCUGAUAAGCGAUUAGCUCUAUCAUUUACACAAGUCCCCAAACAAACCUUUCGAGAAAACACCUUCUCUCCAUCCAAUAAAGUGGAUGUCGACAGUCUUAAAAAAUUGAACACUGCAGUGUCUAAAAGAAGGGGCAGGAAAAGAAGAGCCCCAGAUGAUUUAUUGGCUUUUCAGACUAAGCGAAGGAAAUGCAACAUUAAUAAGUUCAGAGAAGGAAGAGAGAGAACCAAAGUUGAUCUUCAGCCACCUGAAGACAAAAAAGCAGAGGCAGUGAAAAAGUACCGUAGUAUUAGACCAAAACCAGUGGUAGUUGUGCAGGCUUUUGCACCACUGACUUCUGCAGCAAUAGUAGAGACACCAUCUCCUGACCAUUUUGACCAAGAUUUUGUUUUAAAUAGUUCGGUUCCCAACAAAUAUUUAAGUCACAAGCACAGUGAUGCUACAUCAGCUAAAUCAAGUGAUUUUUCAUGUUCAACUGUACCUAAGCCGUCACAUAAAUGUCAUGUUUGUAACCAUAUCUUCCAGUUUAAACACCAUCUUCAGGACCACAUGAACACACAUACAAACAAACGGCCCUACAGCUGUCGAAUUUGCCGGAAAGCGUAUAUUCACUCUGGAAGCCUGAGCACGCAUAUGAAACUUCAUCACAACGAAGGCAAACCCAAAAAACUUGUGUGUUGUGAAUUCUGUGCUAAAGUUUUUGGCCAUGCAAAAGUGUAUUUUGGUCACCUAAGAGAAGUACACAGGGUUGUUAUCAGCACAGAGCCCUCUACUAGCGAGCAACAGCUGCAAGAUGCUUUAAAGAAGAGAGACACCAAUGUAAAAGAAGCAGGAGAAGCAACAGAGAGGGGAAAUAAGUGUAAUUUUGAGGACCUAUUCCUUAACCCCGGAGAAGUGAAAUUACAGAUCAAAUGUAGUCGAUGCCAGUUUAUUGCACAGUCUUUUGGUGAAAUGAAGUUUCACUUAUUGUGUUCUCAUGGAGAAGAGAUCCAGGGAAGAGUAGAGGAAGGGGUUUUGCAAGGAAAUAAAGGAGCUAAGGGGGAGCUGAUCAAACAUACAACCCACUUCUGGAAACAACGCAAUGAGAGAAGACAUUUAGCAAAAUGCAGUGCCCAUGAGGAAGAGUAUUAUACUUUUCCAAAACUUAAGAGACAGAUACACUUUCACCAUCAAGAUAAUGUCAAUAUGUUAUCUAAAAGUGAACUGACACAGUCAGGAAGCGGCGAAGCAGCCAAGGAGAUGCAGAACGUAGGUUUUGGUAUACCAAGCAAAAAAAUAGAAAUUUGGCCUAAAGUGGGCUAUAACUGCAUUUUAUGCAAACAGUUAUUUGGAAGAAAAGAGGAUCUCUAUAAUCAUUGGCAGAGUCAUCAUAACUGUGAAGACCCUUCCGCUUUAUGGACAAUUUUUAGUUUGUUAUCAAAACAAGGAAUAAUUGAACUUUCUACCAAUGGUGAAUAA